CUUGAGCUAGCUAGCUGCAGCAGCUGGUACGUGGUCGACCGAAGAUGGCGUCGCCGUCGGUGGUGGUGCCGGUGGCGUACCAGGGGAACACGUCGGCGUCGGUGGCGGACUGGCUGAACAAGGGAGACAACGCGUGGCAGCUGGUGGCGGCGACGGUGGUGGGGCUGCAGAGUGUGCCGGGGCUGGUGGUGCUGUACGGCGGCGUGGUGAAGAAGAAAUGGGCGGUGAACUCGGCGUUCAUGGCGCUGUACGCCUUCGCCGCCGUGUGGAUCUGCUGGGUCACCUGGGCGUACAACAUGUCGUUCGGGGAGAAGCUGAUCCCGAUCUGGGGCAAGGCCCGGCCGGCGCUCAACCAGGGCCUCCUCGUCGGCCGCGCCGCCCUGCCGGCGACGGUGCACUACCGCGCCGACGGCAGCGUGGAGACGGCCAUGGUGGAGCCCUUCUACCCGAUGGCCACCGUCGUCUACUUCCAGUGCGUGUUCGCCGCCAUCACGCUCAUCCUCGUCGCCGGGUCGCUGCUCGGCCGCAUGAGCUUCCUCGCCUGGAUGAUCUUCGUCCCCCUCUGGCUCACCUUCUCCUACACCGUCGGCGCCUUCUCCCUCUGGGGCGGCGGCUUCCUCUUCCACUGGGGCGUCAUCGACUACUGCGGCGGCUACGUCAUCCACCUCUCCGCCGGCAUCGCCGGCUUCACCGCCGCCUACUGGGUGGGCCCGCGGGCGCAGAAGGACAGGGAGAGGUUCCCGCCGAACAACAUCCUGUUCACGCUGACCGGAGCCGGGCUGCUGUGGAUGGGGUGGGCCGGCUUCAACGGCGGCGGUCCGUACGCCGCCAACUCCGUCGCCUCCAUGGCCGUCCUCAACACCAACAUCUGCACCGCCAUGAGCCUCAUCGUCUGGACCUGCCUCGACGUCGUCUUCUUCAACAAGCCCUCCGUCGUCGGCGCCGUCCAGGGCAUGAUCACCGGCCUCGUCUGCAUCACCCCCGGCGCAGGCGUGGUGCAGGGAUGGGCGGCGCUGGUGAUGGGGGUGCUCGCCGGCAGCAUCCCGUGGUACACCAUGAUGAUCCUCCACAAGCGCUCCAAGAUCCUGCAGCGCGUCGACGACACGCUCGGCGUCUUCCACACCCACGGCGUCGCCGGCAUGCUCGGCGGCCUCCUCACCGGCCUCUUCGCCGAGCCCACCCUCUGCAACCUCUUCCUCCCCGUCGCCGACUCCAGGGGCGCCUUCUACGGCGGCCCCGGCGGCGCCCAGUUCGGCAAGCAGAUCGCCGGCGGCCUCUUCGUCGUCGCCUGGAACGUCGUCGUCACCUCGCUCAUCUGCCUCGCCAUCAACCUCCUCGUGCCGCUGCGCAUGCCCGACGACAAGCUCGAGGUCGGCGACGACGCCGUCCACGGCGAGGAGGCCUACGCGCUCUGGGGCGACGGCGAGAUGUACGACGUCACCAAGCACGGCGCCGACGCCGACGCCGCCGCCGUUGCGCCCGUAUGAAUGAACAAGCUAGGCGAUGACAAUGUAUGUUCAAACAUGUACUCGAUCCGUUUCAAAAUAUAAGCAGUUAAGCGUGUUUUCGAACGAAUCUGGAUAUAUUUUUUCAAAAGAUAUCCAGAUUAUUUUAAAAAAACGCACAAAAAUGCUUAUAUUUUUGAACCGUAUAUGUUUUUAACAGCGUUUUCGUUAGAAUAUUUACAAUGGCCAUGAAGAUUCAGGAGGGGUCCGGUUCUGUUUUCGUAGUUUUUGGCUGUCAGCAUUGUAAAAAUAUAUGUUUUGUAUUCUUCAUCUUAAUGAACCUUUUGUAUUAGUUUUUGGUUGUCAGCAUUGUAAAAUAUAUACGUUUUGUAUUCUUCAUCUUAAUGAACAGCCGUGUAAAAAUGUAUUCUAUUUUGUUAGAGAAGU